AUGAUACAGUCGGAUAUUGUUUCGUAUGUUGGGGAAAUGGGAGAUGUUCCCGAUGCUUUGCUCAUUACUCCUCUUAAGGAUCGGAAAAGCAGUGUGUACCUCACAAAAUACGAGGUGGCACGUAUUAUUGGCGAGAGGGCACGCCAAAUUGUGAAUGGAACGUCUGUUCUCCUGGAUAGUCAAAAUGGAUGUGGAACGGGAAAUUCACUUGAGUUGGCGGAGGGUUGUGCCGACCCAUUUGCGGCAUCCGUCGAUCCUAUUCAUAUUACUAAGUUGGAGUUGUUGCAAGGGCGGAUCCCCAUGAUUGUACGCCGCACGUGGCCAGAUGGGAGGACGGAAAAUAUUCCGGUUAAUGAACUUAAGGUGGAUAAAAUGCUGCUGGACGUUCAGCACUGA